GAAAGCGGACGAGGAGGGCGCGACAGGCGGAAGAGCGAGUCGGUGGUGGUGAUACGACGGUCAUGGUUAGAGCAGCAGCAGCGACAGCAGCCGCAAGAGGAGCAAAAGGGGUGGGCAUGGGAUAAAGAUACGGUUGAGUACGUGGGUGGCAGUCGGUGUCGAAGAGAGGUGUUGGAUCGAGAGAUGGACGGGUUCAUUGAUCGAUUUGGAUGCGAAGAGGAGGAGGAGGAGAUGUGUGAUGUGUGUCGAGAGUUGGUGGAAAGAAGAGCAAUGGUCGGGCCAACAGGCGGUAAUAAUGAGGAGAGGCAGAGGGAAGAGAGCAUUGUUGAAGAAGCAGAAGAAGAAGCAGAUGCCGUGUUGGAAAGGGAAGUGGAAGUAGAAGAAGAGACGGCAGCAGAGGCGGCAGCAGAGGCGGAUUAUGAUCGAAGCCGACGAUUGAUUCGACAGGUCGAGACAGAGAGACGGUUACAGGUAAUGCGAGAAGCCGAGGAGGUAGGCAGGUUCGAGGACAUAUUGGCAGAAUCAUGA